AUGGGAAGGAGAUGCACAGCCCAAUGGCUUAAGAAGAGCAAGCAGUUGCAGUUCACACCUAUCAUGCAAGCUGCCAACGAGGUAGGAAGCCCUUCUAGCAGACAAGCAAGCAUGAACGGGAAGAGAGAUUGGAAUUAUAAGGAUGACGUCGAGUUAGUACCCCCUGAUCCUGGCCAGCCAAACAGAGAAGCGCAGAUCGGCUCUUGCAAUAAUCCAAACAAGAAGGAUCAAGACGAGAGAAUCCGCCCAGAAGGCUCCCUUGAAGAAGAUUGGAAGCCUGAGGAAGACGUUGAGUUAGUACCCCUCGAUCCUGAUCAGCUAGACAAGAAGGCGCGGAUUGGCUUGCGCCUAAGCCCAGACGAGAAGGUGGAGCUGACCACCUUCCUCCAGAACAACAAAUACAUGUUCGCAUGGUCGCCAUCUGACAUGCUCGGUAUCGACCCGAACAUUAUCUGCCACCGGCUCCAUGUUAACCAUGCUAGUAAUCCCGUGGUGCAGAAGAGACGCAACUUCGCUCCCGAGCGGGUCGCGAUUAUUGAAGCCGAGAUCGACAAGCUUCUAGCUCCUGGUUUUAUUGAAAAGGUCUCAUACUCAGAAUGGCUGGCCAAUGUUGUUCUGGUGGCGAAGCAAGAAAAGGGCAAAUGGAGAGUAUGCGUUGAUUACACCGACCUCAACAAAGCAUACCCUAAAGACAACUUCCCAUUGCCGAGAAUCGACCAACUUGUGGAUUCAACUUCCGACAAUCAGCUACUCAGCUUCAUGGAUGCCUAUUCCGGUUAUAACCAAAUUAUGAUGUACGACGAUAAUAAGACGAAGACCUUUUUCAUCAUCGAAAGAGGGACCGACUGUUACAAGGUCAUGCCCUUUGGGCUGAAGAACGCCGGAGCAACCUACUAA